AUGGUUUUAGAUAUUUGUUAUUAUUUAAAAAGUAUAGAAACGUUUUUAGCGACAGGACUGGCGUUCAGACAAAUUGCCUUUUCGUUCAGAAUAUCCAAAACAGCAGUUUCAAAUAUUGUCGUGGAAAUUUGUAAAGCUAUUUGGAAUACAUUGAAAUGCAAACAUAUGCCAACUCCAACUGUUGAUAAAUUUAAAAAGAUAGCUUUAGAAUUUUAUGAUAAGUGGAAUUUUCCAAAUUGCGUAGGUAGUAUUGAUGGAAAACAUAUUAGAUUGAGAUGUCCCAAAAAGUCUGGAAGCAUGUACUACAACUAUAAACAAUUUUUUUCGAUUGUUUUGAUGGCAGUUGUUGACGCGAACUACAAAUUUGUAAUGAUUGAUGUUGGAGCGUAUGGCAAGGACAGUGAUGGUAGUGUUAUGUCCAAUUCAACAUUUUAUCAGCGGAUUGAUAAUGGUUCUCUUAAACUACCAGAAGAAACCAAAUUGCCAAAUUCAAACGUGUUAGCCCCAUUCGUUUUCAUUGGUGAUGAAGCUUUUCCCCUACGAAAUUAUUUGAUGAGACCAUUUCCACGAAAACAGACACAAGAUAAUGCAAAAUCUUACUAUAACUAUAGACUUAGCAGGGCUAGAAUGACAGUUGAGUGUGCAUUUGGUAUUCUUUCAUCAAAGUUUAGAAUUAUUUUGAAAUCUAUUGAAACUAAAGUGGAAAACGCAGACCACAUUGUCAAGGCAAUUUGUAUUUUACAUAACACAAUUAUCGAUUUGGAAAAAAAAAAUAUGACUUCAACACAACACAGUACAAAUUCAAACGAUAUUGAUAUGUCAUAUGACCACCAGAUGAUGAGACUAAAUAGUGGUGGCAGAUCUAAUAAUCGUGCUACACGUACAGCUAUUGCAAUCAGGAGCAACUUCGUAAAUUUUUUUAUGGAAAAUAGAAUUUAA